AUGAACGCGCGUGUCCAGACUAUUUCUCUUAUCACAAAAUUACAGGGACCAUUAUUUAGGGCUCUCUGUAACAUUCGCUACCUCACCUCACCUCCUAUCGGCGACCUCAACUCAUCUCUUUCCACCGGCGACCUCGGCUCAUCUCUUUCCACCGGCGACAUCGACUCAUCUCUUUUUACCGGCGACCUCGGGCUCACAUCACCGAAGACUGCAACGACUGCUCAAAUUUACAAGCCCUGGGUACGAUUAAGCAAGGCAACUAGCUUAGAACGAACAUUUGCCCAUGGUUGGAUAGGAUAUGGGAAUGCUUAUGUAGCCAAAGAAGAAGGUGAUCAAGCUAUGUCUGGUUAUCGAACUGCUGCACGUUUAUUUCCUGGGUCAUCUGCAGGUCAACCUCCUCAUGCCUUGGUUACUUUUGGUUUUGGUGGGAAGUUGAUUGUGAUGAAGGAUACAAGUGGUGGGCCAAUUUCUGUUCUUAACAUGGCUGAAAUUGUGACCGGAGGUGGUGACAUGGCAACCGGUGGGACCCGCAUAUGUGGUUACUUUCACACUCUUUGCCGCCAAUCAUUUCCGGGCCCACUUGCUGGUGGAAAUGUUGGUGGUAAAGAGCUGAAUACAUGGAUUGAUGAGAGAAUCACACAGUCACACCCUCCUGCUGACAUGGAAUUUAAAAAAGAUCAAGUUUUAAAGCUUCUACUUUCUUUACUCAAACUAGCUUCACAACAUUACGGGAAAUUACGUUCUCCUUUUGGCACCGAUACUACAUCGAAGGAAAACGAUGCCCCAGAUGUAGUGGUUGCUAGACUAUUUGCAUCUGCAAAGAAAGACACUUCUCAAUAUGGCGAUUAUGGAGCUUUCGCUAACUGCUUGCAACAGUUGCCACCAGAAGGACAAAUUCGGGCAAAUGCUGCUGAAGUCCAAUCUCUUCUAGUUUAUGCACAACUUGGUGAUCAGUUCUAUGUGCGUUGUGUUAGGAAGAUGGGUGUUCAUCAGCUAGUAGCAGGGUCACCUUUAAGGACAUUAUGUCUACUUAUUGCUGUAAAUAUAUCACAGCAUAUUGUGUUGAGGUUAUUCUUACACUUUUUGCAUUCAAGUGUGUCUCCAUCAGCUAUUAAACAGUACUAUAGAAGAAGAGGGCCCUGCUGUGUUUACAGGCGACACAAUGUUUGUUGCUGGUUGUGGCAGUUUUUGAGGGGAAGCAGGACAGAUGCAUGA